UUUUCCGUUUCAGAUUUAAAACCUGAAGUUAAUUAUUACUGGCAUCAUGGUGAGGAAGUUGUUGUCCAUGGUCAUCGAAAGGGUAGAGUGGAUCCUGUGCGGUUUCAAAUAGAUGACAAGCCGCACCUUCAGCUCCGUGUGCCAAAUCAACUUCCAGAGAUUGUACCGCUGGAGUCAGAUCUUGGAGAUGUUCCUGUUAUUGAUCACAAGCCAUCCAAACUGCCGUUGUUCAAAAAGCAGUAUGAAAACAAGGUAUAUAUAGGAUCAAAGCUAGCAGAUCCAUGCUGUUAUGGACACACCCAGUUUCAUCUUAUUCCCGAUAAACUAAAACGGGAAAGGUUUAUAAAAGCAAAUCUUGAGGAUCAGAUUGAAGUUGUUUAUCGAGCUAAUGGUAUUGCAAGCCUCUUUGCCUGGACAGCAGCACAAGCAAUGUAUCAAGGAUUCUGGAAUGAAGCAGAUGUGACCCGUCCUUUUGUAUCGCAGGCAGUAGUGACUGAUGGAAAAUACUUCGCUUUCUUUAGUUACCAGCUAAAUACUUUAGCGCUAACUGCAGAAACUAUGAAAAAUAACCCUCGUAAGAAUAUAUGUUGGGGUACAGACAGUAAGCCGUUGUAUGAUGUUGUGGAAGAUGGUAAUGUGAAAGGCUUUAAUGAUGAAGUUCUGCUUAAUUUGGUUCGUCUUCUGUUAAACAGACCGAAAGAGUUGUAAGUCAUUAAACAGUAAAGUAUUUCUGUUCACGUGCCUGAACUUCAUUGCAGCCCCAUGAAGUAUGGGCUAGAAUAUGACUUGUUCUUAGUCAAGUGUUCGUCUAGCAAACACUAUAUACAUCGUUUAUGGUAUCUGAGCCUUAUUUCUUUAUUUUAAAUGU